AUGGAUGUGGAAAAGAAAAAGGAAAUUACAGUGGACGAUAUAUUGUUAGAUCUCGGACCGUUUGGAAAAUUUCAUUUAUUAAAUUAUAUUUUGAUUCUGUUUCCGGUUUUAUUGGCGGGAAUGUAUUCUUCAGUAUACAAUUUUGAAGCAAUGGACCUUAAAUAUAGAUGCACAGUACCAGAAUGCGAAGACUCGGCAGUCGUGAACUUCAGUAUACCACAUGUCGAUGGAGAGCCGUCCAAAUGUCGCCGCUACGCACCAUUCGCCAACGUCACAUUAAAUGAUACCUGCUCAGAGCAUUUUUAUGACACCUCAACUGAAAUCAAGUGCGAUUCUUAUGUGUACUUUGAAGAGCAUUCUAUUGUGAAAGAGUUCAACCUCGGCUGUCAGGACUGGAAGCGAUCUCUAGUAGGAACGGUCCACAAUGCUGGCUUCUUCAUAUCCAUACCUCUCACCGGUCUCCUCUCGGACAAAUACGGAAGGCGUAUCGCAGUCGUGUUCGCGAGCGUUGCAAACGGUGUUUUUGGCGUCAUACGAGCAUUCUCUCUGAACUAUCAAAUGUUUAUUGUCCUGGAAUUUUUGGAGCCAGCGCUGGGAGGGGGUGUUUAUACUGCGUGUUUUGUUUUAGCUAUGGAACUCGCAGGGCCUAAAGGAAGAGUAUUCGUGAGCCUACUCUUCAAUACAAUGUUCAUUCUUGGCGGAGUAUCUGUGACGGCACUGUCCUGGUGGCUACAAAGUUGGAGACAUCUUCUUCUCAUAAUCUACACUCCAGCUAUUUUAGUCUUCUUCUACAUAUGGUCGCUUACCGAAAGUUUUCGUUGGUUCUUUAGUAAAGGACGUUACGAAGAUGGCAUCAACGUACUGAAAAGCUGUGAAAAGUUCAACAAAGUGUCUGUUCCGAAGGACCAUUAUGAUCAAGUGGAAAAGCAGGCCAUGCAACAACGGGAUGCUGUGAAAUUUGAAUCCUUAGAAGCAAAUUCGUCAUCAUUCAAACAAACGUUUUGCUCUGGUUUAAUAUGGAAAAGAUUAUUUAUUUGCUCGUUCCUUUGGACAUCUUCUACGCUGGUCUACUAUGGUCUAUCGAUCAAUGCGAUAGAAUUAUCAGGGAAUGCUUAUAUGAAUUAUAUCGUCGUGAUAUUAAUUGAGGCCCCAGCUAAUGUAUGCAAGUUAUUUUGUUUAGAUCGCUUCGGAAGAAAGAAAGUUAUCGGAACAGCUUUCGUAUUGACUGCAAUUAUUCUUAUCGCUUAUGGAUUUAUCCCAGGUGGUUAUUGGUCAAUUACCUUCUAUUUGGGUGGAAAGUUCUUUAUCACACUCGCAUACAAUUCACUCUACAUAUUCGCAGCGGAAGUAUUUCCCACAAAUUAUAGAACGACGUUAUUGGCUAUUUGUUCUACUCUCGGUAGAGUUGGCUCUACGCUUGCUCCCCAAACUCCAUUAUUGUCAAAAUUGUACGAGUUUCUGCCAACAAUUCUCUUCGGGGUUAUGUCAGCCCUAUCCGGCCUUAUUGUGAUGACUCUACCAGAGACAAACAAUCAGAAAUUACCGGACUCUCUCAAAGAGGCUCGAGCGCAGGACCGAAAAAACACAAAUGAAAAGACCACAGACAAUAAAACGAGGCUAUGA